GGAAAGCAAUGAAUACAAUUCCUAGGCUAGGGACAAUUGUUUGUUAUGUGAAUAAGGCCCAUACCCGUUCACCGUUUGUUCCGACAAUUCCUCCCUACUUUGCCUUGUUUAGUAGUACCACAACGCGAUUUUCCCAAGAGUCAAAGGCCUCCAAAAACUUCAACCAUGGCGGACACAACAACAACAGCAACAGCGGCAAUCUCCGAUGAACAACAGCAAAACAAACCAACGAAUAAUCCAAUUAUGUCAUUUAUUUCCAGUAUUCUUCAGCUCUUCAAACCGCCGCCACCGAGUACUAAGAAGAUUGAACCCGGUUCAGCUGCUACUAAUACUACUGCUACUACUACUUCAGAGGCUAAACCAACUGCUGCUGCAGUUGUAGGAGAAGAGGAAAAUGCUUCUGGUAUAGUCAAGUUUCCUAAACAGGAUUUGACUUCUUUGAAGCUCGAAUCGGAAGGCGGAGCUGAACCAAAUACUCACCCUAUCGUCUUGUGGCAGGUCUAUGCUAUCGGAGGGUUCUUUGUUUUAAAGUGGGCAUGGUCAAGAUGGAACGAGCGUCGUGGAAACAGGAAGCCAUCCGAUGAAGAACCUCCUCCUCCUCCUGGUCAAGAGUAGAUCAUGUUAGACGAGAGCAAAAGAACGAUACUUGUGGAGACAGGUUUAUGACUUUAUGUGAGUCGUGUAAAUUGUUGAAAUUAAAGUUCUGGUUUUACAAUGCUAAAUGUAAAAACCCGAAUCAAGCUACGUGAAUUGGCUGAUCAGCACUAUACAGCCUGUGUUUCAGCCAUUCUUGAUAAAGCAAGUGGAUGUGUGCAUGAGUUGUUGAAAGCUCAUACAUUCAUUCAACUUGACAAGUUUUUCUUGUGAAAA